AUCUCGAGAUUCUCGAAUCACAUUUACGUCUCGUUUGCUGAACGUAACGGACGCAGGGCGAUUCGGUGCUACAAGGAGAAGCAUCGCGAGUCAUUUAAUUGAACGCGAAUUACGUAGCGCUGUGGUUCUAUAUACCGCGUAAAGUUGUAUGCGGAUGGCGGCGUAUCCUGUCCUCCAUCUUCCACUUGCUUCUCGUUUGCAGAACGCGGUAGACGCGGGAUGGAUCUGCAGAAUGAGUGGAUUCGCGACUCACUUAACUGAACGCGUGGAUGCAAAACACACCGGCUCCGGAGAAAGAGAUUUAACAAUUUCAAAGUAUAAGAGAAGGAGCCCUAAGAGAGGGACAUCAUGCAUCAGUGGAGCAACUUAGCUAAUCAUCGUAGCGACGUUGCUGACUCCACUGUUGCGCAUUGGUCGCAAUCAUGCCAGGGACGAGCUGAUGACUAUCGACGUCUGCAAUGAUGUGACAAUAACGAUACCUCCUUCCACUCUCUGAUAACUCUGGGAUCGUCUCUAUUACACACAGUGCUUUCCAAUAACACACGAAUCGAGAAUUAAAACGCGCAAAAAAAGCAACGUCAAACCGCCGACCGUGGUCGGUGUCGUGGAAAUCGGUGCCAAAAGUCGACAGAGACAAGCUGUACGAGCCAGCCCCACGAAAGUGUGUCAAAGAGAAAUCGAAGGGGGUGAAACGGAGAGAGAUAGAGAAAGGGAAAAAUAUAUAGACGCGGCAGGAAGGAUCAGGCCGAAUAUCCUGAGGAACGGGGAGGACAGGACGGGCGGAUACGUGCUAAGGCGUGUCAAGCCGGAAACACGAACGGGCAUCACGAGUACAGGGUGGUGGUGGCGCAGGCAGAGCGGUGGUGGUGGUGGUGGUGGCGGCGGGGCAGGCAGGUGGCGGGAUCUAAGCUGGAAUAAGAGCAGUUAGAAUGGGCAACAAGCUCUCCUGCAGUUGCGCACCCCUAAUCAGAUCAAAGACGUAUCGCUACGAGGACAGCCCAUGGCAGGCCAGUGCCAGGGGUGGGAUGGGCGGCGGGGGAGGACGCAGGGGUGACACUGGCCACUUGCUCAGGCUAUGGGCCGAAGUGUUUCAUGUAAACUCGAGCGGAGGUGGGACCCUCAAGUGGAAUCAGGUUUCCGAGGAUUUGGUCCCGGUGAACAUCACCUGCAUCCAGGAUUCGCCGGAAUGCGUCUUCCAUAUCACCGCGUACAAUAGCCAGGUCGAUAAGAUCCUAGACGUGCGGUUGGUCCAGCCAGGUACACGCAUCGGCCAAGCGUCGGAAUGCUUCGUUUACUGGAAGGACACAGUAACAAAUGAUACAUGGGGGCUGAAUUUCACGUCUCCCAUAGACGCGAAGCAAUUCAGAGAAUGCUGCUCACCAUCGUCCAAGAUUUCAAGGAAAGCGUCCUCUUCUUACUCGUUGAAGCUCGAGCCACCGAACAAGCAGAAGCUCAAAACACGCCGAAAGCCGCUGUCGACACCGGCCUCACCGAUCCGAUCUAGGGAACCUCAGUGCACCUGCAUGACGCCAGAACAGUUCGCCAGACUGCGCAGCCAAGAUGCCAGAUAUCGAAGUCCGUGCGGGCCAUCUACGCUUCCACGGACCAUAGGACGAUCUACGGAAAUCGACAUGACGCCGGGACGAGACAAGAUAACAGCGGCUACAUCCAGCGCAUCUCUUUACGACAACGUUAACAACACAAGCAUGACACCUGGAAAAACACCAAAGGCAGGCGACUCGGUCAAGAAGGAGAAGCAGAACGAGACGUGUCAAACGACUCCAAAGACUGCCAACAUUGGAAUCGGAACAGUCACAGUGGGAUCGCAGAUUGACAGUCCCGACGACAAAGGGAUAUCGCCGAAAAAACAGAAGCAGAGCCAGGACACGUCCACGCAGCAGAACGGUAUUGAGAUGCUAAAGUCGGAGGGCACUCAGGCUGGCGGUACUCUGCAGAGUAAGUCGCUACGCAAGGAACUCCACCACACCAAGUCGGCCGACUACACCGAGCUGGAGAUGCAAAACGGCAAUCUCUUCAACAUUGUCAACAACAAUCAUGGCCACAGAUCGAAGAGCAAGAGCACCGACGACAUGCGGAUCGAGAACGCGCAGAACGGCAUCAGUCUGGACUCGAACACCCUGAAACGUAUGCUGAAACCGAUGCCGAGCAUCGACAGUCCGGUGACGUCGCCGGAGAUGACGAGGAAACGUCACAGCCAUCACAGCUACCACUACCAUCCGAGCAAUAAUAAUCAGAAGUAUAUGAUGCACGAGGUCGACAACGAGAAUUAUGCGCAUCCGUAUCGCGCUCCUUACAACAACAAGUUUCAGGGUUCCAGGAGCGUCCACGACAUGAGUCGGCAAUAUUCUGGCGGCAGAGGCAGGACGUACUUAGAUUCGGAACGUAAUCGGUGCACAGGUGACAUGUCGCCGCCCUCGGACAAUGUCAUCUUUGACAACCAGUGCUAUGCCACGACGCCGAGCUCAUCGAACGGUAACUCCGAUAUGGAGCAACCGAAUCACUGCAACUCCCGCCGCUGCAACGGCGGCCAAACAUAUCAGCAGAGUAUGCAGUCGGUGUCGACGCCGGGCAGCCCGACCAGCCGGCUACUCCUCGAGUACGAGAUGCAUCUCAGGAACACCCUCGCCAAGGGCAUGGACGCGGAGAGCUACAGCCUGCGCACGUUUGAAGCUUUGCUCACGCAGAGCAUGGAGAACUUGGAAUUCGCAGAAAAUAUACCAUUGAACGUUCAACGCACACCUCACGCUUCACGAAGACGCUCCAAUUCCAACAAGUCGUCAACCCUGCCGCUGUCAUAUCGCUACUGCAACGAGAGGCAGAACAGCAAGGAUAGCCGAGACGGUUAUUACAGCGAUCGCAACGAGAUGGUGAGAGAGAAGAGAGAACGAGACAUCGAUCGAGAUCGCGGUUAUCUCAGCGACUACAAUUCUAGAUGCGCCAGCUGCAUCGGGGAGUCCGCGCGUGCACAAUGGUUCCGGCAUUCUGACGGAUGGCAGUCCGGCAGCUCGACCUUCGGCUCCGGCGCCUCGAGUUCGAUAAAUCCGAGCUACUCGGGACACAAGAGAGAAUCACCCUGGGAUUCUCUGCCGUCCCUGAGACACGAGAAUAGUCUCAACGACAGCGGUUACAAGUCCAACCGGACUGACUCACUCGAGCAAAGAGGUACUUUCGACAGACAGGACAGCGUCAGAUCCGACUACAUGUCCGACCGGGAUGGCAGAUACGGAAUCGUUCAACAAGCCUCAUUGGAGAGCACCGACUCGAGACUCUGCUACUUGACGUCUUCCGAAAUGUCGGACGAUGAUAGGAUGUCACUCACCACCGCCGUUAGCGACGAUGAUGAUGGCGAGAGUGCUAUAAAUUCGCCCUAUCGGAAGCAGACCGGCACGGCUGCAGCUUCGUUUAAUUGCACCGGUGCAGUUCGGAAGGCAGGAUUUCUCAGUGUGAAGAAAUGGUUGUUGCGCAAGAAGCAUCAGAUCGAGCUGGCCAAGAAGAGAGGCUGGAGGGGUUAUUGGGUCUGUUUGAAGGGCACCACGCUCCUCUUCUAUCCCUGUGAUUCGCAGGAGAGUAGGGCCAUGGAGGCCGCACCUAAACACCUGAUCAUCGUCGACGGUGCGAUUAUGCAGCCGAUUCCCGAACACCCGAAGAAGGAUUACAUAUUUUGCCUGAGCACCGCGUUCGGGGACGCCUAUCUAUUCCAGGCGCCGUGUCAAGUGGAGCUGGAGAACUGGGUGAAUAGUAUUCAUUCGGCAUGCGCUGCCGCGUUCGCGCGUCACCGCGGCAAGACUGGCACGCUGCAUCUGCUGCAGGAGGAGAUCUUCCGUCUGGAAAAGGCGAUCGAGUCGGAUCACAAGAUGAAGCACAUGGCAGAUCUUCAGCAAUCAGUGGUUUCCGACGUCGACACUAAACAGCAGAUCAACAAUCAAAUAGUACAGUGGGAGGAGAAUCUGGAGCGGCUCCACUGUGAGCAAUUCCGCUUGCGGUGCUACAUGGCCAGUUUGCAGAGUGGCGAACUGCCCAAUCCGAAGAGUCUAUUGACGCACGUGUCUCGCGCCACGAAGCAAACUCUAAACAAGCUGGGCGUGUUCACGGUGUCGUCCUUCCACGCGUUUAUCUGCGCGCGUAGCCCGUCCCUGCUAAAUAAUUUAUUGGCGGGUCGCGGUGCAACGAAGAGACGACCGCCGCUGUUGUCAAGAUCGAACAGCGGCUCCAGCAGACGCUCGCUGCAAAUCUCGUCCAGGGACGAGGAAAAGAGCGUGAAGGUGUCCGUGCCGGAAAAUCAGCUGGUUUCGGUGUUCCUGCGUGACGCCAUGACCGUGGAGGAGUUCCUGGCGAGCGCGUGCACCAGAAAGAAUCUCAAUCCGAUGGAGCAUUUCGUGCGCGUCAAGAAGCGCCGAGAUAUGGAGGACCACAAUUAUUUUGUGCCACAUAGGACUGAUUUGAUAGAAACCUAUUUGCAUACGCAUGAAGUCGUGGAAGUCUGUGCCAAGAUUUUAUAUCAAGUGGAAUUGCAAAGAAAUACUUUAGAACAAAUGUGGGGUUUCUCCGUCGAGGCGGAGCUUAUAGAAAACUCCGAUAGGCAGGACGAGCUCUGCUGCUACGUUAGUAGAGUGGAAGAUAAGAGCGUCGCCAUGCAAAAUGGAAUCAUUAAAGGCGAUGAGAUUAUGGUAAUCAACGGCGCUAUCGUGAGUGACCUGGAUAUGAUGUACUUGGAGAGCGUUCUUCAGGAGGAGGUAGGUCUCUGCAUGAUGAUGCGAUCCUCCAGAACGGAGCCACCCGAUCUUACGGGCAUUAUGCGUGUCACUGAUGACAUAAUCGAGAGUCUGGUCUGCCCGCCGCCGCCCACUGAUCCGCCAGUAAUUAGCGAAGAAAUGAUUUCCGGUCUGAUUGUGCCAGCACCUGGAUGGAGUAAGGAGAAUUUAAUGCAGGAAUGUUCGACGGGUCAUAUGGAUAACAAGCAGGCCUCGCGUACAAACUCCUUCGAGAUCGAAAAUCUUUUGAAGACUGCCGAGCAAGUGACAGGGAUCUGUCGUUCUCCAGGUGAGACUAGAAAGUCAAGUCCCACCGGAAGUGUUGUCAGUUCUCAUUCGCAAGCUCUCACACCGAGCCGGCAGCUAAGCGACGCUGAGAAGCUAAAAAAAGUGAUUUUAGAACUGAUUGAGACUGAACGAACUUAUGUAAAGAAUUUAAAUAAUUUGCUGGAGAACUACUUGGAACCCCUUAAACGCGAGACCUUCCUGUCAAACGCGGAGAUUAAUGCAUUGUUUGGUAAUAUCCAGGAAAUCGUCACAUUUCAACGACAGUUCCUGCAGAAUCUCGAUCACGCUAUCGAGAUGGAGGCCGAUUUCAACAGCUUUGACCAUCCGAGUCAAUUUAAGGGAGUUCUGUUUUCCAUUGGAAGUGCCUUCUUAUAUUACGUAAAUCACUUCAAGCUCUAUAGCUCGUUUUGUGCCAGUCACUCGAAGGCUCAGAAAGUUUUACAUCCAAACGAGGGAAAUCAAGCUUUACAAGAGUUCCUGCAAGCAAGGAAUCCCCGGCAGCAACACUCGUCGACCUUAGAAUCAUACUUGAUAAAACCUAUACAAAGAAUACUCAAGUAUCCGCUGCUAUUGCAGCAGCUUAGGAAUCUCACCGAUGAACGAAGCGAAGAACACCAACACUUAAUCGAGGCGCUCAAGGGCAUGGAAAAGGUGGCGGAGCACAUAAACGAGAUGCAGAGAAUUCACGAAGAGUAUGGUGCUAUUUUCGAUCACCUGUUCAGGCAACACCAAAAAUCCUGCAAACAGCCGAUUGACUUAAGUCCAGGUGAUCUUUUGUACUACGGCGGUGUCGAGUGGCUCAAUAUUUCCGACUUUCUUGGCAAGAUAAAGAAAGGUCUCGAGCUACACGCAAUGUGCUUUGUAUUUAAAUCGGCCGUCGUGUUCCUAUGCAAGGAAAGAUUGAGACAGAAAAAGAAGCUCAUGGGAGUUUCGACGAAGGCUAACUCAAGCGAGGUGGAGAUCAUCCGUUACCAGGUGCUAAUCCCGGUGACAGAAGUCCAGGUCAGGGCCAGUUCCGCCAAGGAUAUGGAGUCCCACUUUUUGUGGGAAUUGAUUCAUCUAAGAAGUCAAUUACAGAGAAGAUCGGAGAAAGUAUACGUACUCUCCAACAGUACGACGGAAUUCCGUAACGCGUUCUUGAAGACAAUCCGGCAAAUCAUUCGUGAGUCAGUGAGAAAUAUGAGCAUACCAUCGACAAAGCAGAAUUUGGGCCAGGCGCCAAUGUCGAUGGCACCGCGAAUGUCGACCGGGCAUGUAGAAAAGUACAACAAGCAGAGCGGCCAGGCACAGAACGGAAACGGCGCGACAGGCACUCUCUCGAAGAAGGCGAUGAAGCAACAGCUGUUGUCCAGUUCGCACAAGCGCAAAUACAGCCAUUCGAAGCAGCCGGUAGAGCACGAGAGUUCGGAAGAUAAGGAUCAGGAGGAUGUGGUCCCCCAGCAGCAAACAUUCCGCUCCAGGAGUAAGACCAUAAGCGACACUUCCGAUAUAAAAGUAGAGAUGGAUUCGGGUACAAAGUCGGAAGGGGAGGAAGACUCGCAAGUUUUUUUAGGCGAAAAGAAAACGAAUCUCGGUCGCACACCUAAUCAUCUGACGCUGAGCACCACGUCGACUAUCUCGGCGGGGAGUACUGGCAGCCAGGCUAGAUUGAUCCAGUCUUCCCAUCAGCCUGAGAACUAUCAACCUAUUACCGUCAAGGAGCUUGGUUCGCCGAUCUGGAAGCCACGGGAGUUACCUUCCCUUGGGGAGGCCACCACGUUGCCGCGAAAGGGUAAGUCGACCAACGAGUUCGCGGACAUGAGCUCGAGCCACAGCGCCUCCCGAAAGUCUCUGGUAGAAAUCAACAAUGCUCAACAAUCUAACUUUAAUAAUCACGUUUAAGUUGAAUAAUAUCGAGGCUGACUCGCUAACGAGGUAAUAUACCGUUAAGUUCCGCCACCGCCAUUAAACGCGACCGGCACCACCACCACAACUACUACCAUUAUCAUCACCACCGACAUCACCUAUCAUCACUACGACCGAGCGUUAGUACACAGAGAUAAUUAUCCGAUUAUUGCGGUUAUCAUGAUAGCGAUACGCGAGGGACACGCAUCCGCCGCCCACGUGGAAAUUCGCGAAGAGACUGCGCUUUCUCCCUCCGCUCUCUUCCUCAUUUCGUCUUCCAGCCGGAAAUCCGUGUGUGCUUGCGUGCGUGCGUGCGUGCGUGCGUGCGUGCGUACGACACGAUCGACUGCACCAUUUGUAUGGGAGCAAGCGAGAUGCUCGUUCGGGCUCUCUUCCACCUCUGGAAAAUCUAAUCGGACCCGAGUAUCUUUUCCUCCUUCGUCGCGUCUUUUGGCGGUCGACGUAUUCAAAUAGUUAAAAAAAAAAAAUAAAAAAAAGGUUAAUGAUAUAAUAUUAAAGUUAAGAUAAUGUGUCAUUAAAUUAAGAUAAGAACGCCCCAGACUUGUGGUGAAUAGGUUUUGAUUUUGUGACAAUCGUAACGCGGACGAUUCCGAAGUCGUAGAAGGUCGGGGCGAUACCGAGCAGAUCGCUGGCUCUGAAAACGAAUGAUCCAACGGCGAAUGAUGAAUCGUUCAUGAAUAGCCGAUCCAGUUCUUUGCAAUUAAGUGUCGACCGCGAAAGACUGGAAUCUAAUAAAGAAACUCAAUUUUGAAACGCUUAUUCUAUUUAGUGAAUAAUUUCCUACUUGCUUGCAUUUUCUCCAUUUUUAUUGCUCAUAUAUGUCAUAAAAAACUGCGACUGUAACAUUCAGCUUUAAACAUCUUAAUAAGGAAUCCGUGAAAUUGCGUGUGACGUUAUACGAAGCACGAGGUUUUGGUAUCCAUUUUUAUACUCGCGAAAGUUUAUUUAUAAAUAUGAAAAAAAAAAGAUUUUUUUCAUAUUGGCUAAGAAUUUAUAUAAAGCAAAGUGCUUUCCAUUCUGCUGCAUUCUGUGCAGAAAGGAGAAAAACUAAGGCGAGAUUAACUAACCGAGAUUGUCAGCGCAACGUGCCUGAAAGACUUAGGAAUGAUGUUAAAUCGUUGCCUCUUGAAUACACAUCUUUAUUUGACAUCAUUCAUCGAGAUAAUCGCAGCCGAUUUUACCAGAUGCCUCUUCGAGAGUCGCCAAUGAUCGAGGCUCCGUGCCCCGAUUUUGUCAAUACCGUUUUCGCGUGGACGGCGGCGCGGACGAUCCGGAGAGAUAAUCGACUCUGUAUAUAAUGUAAUAAUGAUAUUUAUCACACGGCUGCGUUCCUUCAUCGCCGGCAUUGAAAAUCUACGCUGAAUGUGUGACGUAUGCCAUAAGUUUUCAGCGCGGGCAAUGAAUUUUUGAAAAACACACGCACGUGACGUACGCCAUAUAAAUUUUCAGUUAAAACAAAGAAUUUUAGAACAUAAUAUAUAUAGGCCACGUCACCACGAUUACGCGUCACGAUCGUGAUCGAGCGUUCGCGCGUAGGCGUGCUUGUUACGUUGUUUUCCCCAUUGUCGUUCCACCACGCUCCUACCAUCUUCCAUUUUUUUAUUAUUAUUAUAUAAAACCAUCAUGAGGGAUGUGCGUCACACCAGAUGACGCAAGAACAGAGAGAGAGAGAGAACGAUAGAGAUUUGUAAGACUGGCGUUAAAAAAAGGAAAGGAGAGGAAAGAGGAAGAAGAAAUGAGAGAUCGAAGAAGCGAUUCGCGCGCAUAGCGAGUCUUUAGCGAUUAAAGAGAAAUCAAUUAAGAUAUGUCGUGUAUACAUAUGUAUAUAUACAUAUAUGUAUAUACAUGUAUAUGUAUAUACACACACACACACACAGAAAAUAUAUGUAUACAUAUUAUACAUACGGGAUAUUAUGUGAGAGAGAAAGAGAGAAAGGGUAGAUUUGUGAAUUGCAUCGUAACAUCGUCCACGGUCCCCUCCCAUCCCCCCAAAAGAAAUUUUAAAAAACGUUCCGCCGCGUGUUAACCUGUUUUCAGGGUCGAGCAUCCUCGCCAAUAUAGCAGACUUUAUUUUUAACGUUACUUAAGAGAUACAAAAAAAGAAAGCGAUUGAACGGCUGAGAGAAUCUAUGUGUCUGUAUGUGUGAGUGUGAGAGAAGAGAGAGAAAGAGAGAGAGAGAAUGAGAAUGAGAGUGCUCGAGACCGAAACUGCGAGGAGAGAUGCGCCGGCGUAACGACGAGUACGCAUUAGAGGGUGCAGGAAGGAUGAAUGAAAGAGAAAGAGAAAGAGAGAGAGAGAAAGAGAGAGAGAGAGAAAGAAAGAGAAAAGAGGCGCACUCUCGUACUUAACAAAAAAAAACGUACAUAUUGAAUUUUAGGGACGGCGAACGGUAUCGGCACCGGAACCUUUUACGAUAAUCCGACACAUAUACCACGUUGUUAAUGGGUAUUACGAUAAAUUAAGAAUGGUAUCGAGGGAUUAAUACGUGUAAAUUAGACGACAGAAAGUAUCCACAUAGACGUAUACCUACAACCAAAAAAAUAUGUAUAAAUAAAAAAAUAUAUAUAUACAUACACAUCAUACACACGUAACACACACGUACGCAUACGUGAGUUGCACGGGGCUGGCGAUGCGAGGGUUGGGAUCGUUUCCCGAGGGGAGAACGCUUUACGGAGAUUAUUAUGAUAAAUUUCUCUUCGCAAGUGAUCGCAAGAUAUCCUGGGAAUAUUCGCCAAGAGUGUCCCGAGAGACUCCUGGAAACAUUCUUUAGGAAAUAUAUCAUGUUCCCGAGGAAUAUUAUUUCCCGGAGGGGAAAUGCGAGCACUUGAGAGAUAUUCUCCGGAAAAAGAGAGCACCUCCUGUUAUACCUCGCAUCAUUAUCUCGCAUCUCGCAUCACCUGUAUUACGCGUACUCGAUGGGACGCGGAUGUCGCGCGCAACGACGCGAUCGAUCGAUCGAUCGAUCGGUCCUGGUCGGACGCGAGGGGAGACGUUCGCAGAUUCGCGGCGGCCGCGUUUCUUGAGCAGAAUAAAGGGACAGAAUAAUAGGUCACGACGCGCACGCCGAUUCUCUCGCCCCGGGGAAGUCUCCGAAUUUUGGUAUCGUUCUUUUACCCCACGAUUCUUACGGUUCCAGCUGCGCGGUUAGCGUUGAUUGUCACAUUGUUAAACUGACGUAGCGGAUCCGGAAUCAUACAUUGCGAGCUUAGACCUUCCUCGGCGGCAGCUCGACUUUAGUGCGACGUGAACGACGCGUUCGGGUCGCGUGGAUCUUACUGAAAUUCGGAUAUCGGCUUCUACGUCAGUGCCGAUUGCGCCGGUACGUCAUCGCAUACGAUAAUCAACGAGAGAUUUUCUGCAGCGAAAUUAUAUUAGUGGGGAUCAAUCGACGAAGAGAUGUAGGGAUGUACGGUAGUAUUACUAUCGGAGAUCGUUAACAUCUUGGUUCAGCGCUCCGAGUCGAUCGUCUUCCAGUCGUGGACGAAUACGGAUUUAAUUGCCGAUUAUGGGAUUUGAUAUAGUCAUAUCGAGUACUGAUACACGACGCACACAUUCGAUGCGCUUCCCGUCACGAUUUUCGUGUCUCCGAAGCAAAGCGUAUAAUAUUUUGGUAUUAUAAUAUUGUAAUAUCACGAUAUUACAGCGUUAUAAUAAUGUGAUGUUAUACAACGUUAUAUUAUAUACAUAUAUAUAAUAUUAUAAGUUUAUACCAGAUAAACGAGAGGGAUCGUGCCGUCGGUGUUGCGCGUAGCGUCCGCAAAAAGAAAGAAGAAAGAGAUUUCGUUCUAAAAACUUGAAAUCGGUCAACCGAAAUUGCUAAAAACGCGACGGAACUUUCCACGCUGAUGACUUUUCGCAAAGGACGAUCGCGUCGAUACGAAAGAAAAAAAAAAUCGUCGCGUUAAUGCGUAUUCGCGAAAUCGCGUCAAUUAUUAGUAUAUUUCCGAAGAAAUGUAAUAAUACGAUGUGUAAUUAUACGAGUAUUAAUUAUACCGACCGGAAAAAAUACUAUUGUACAGUGUGCAUAUGGGAAUGGCGAAGAGACGGGAACGGGUGACGCGUUUGAUCCUUUCCUUUUCCUCGCGGGAAUUUUAUCCGUGACAUCUAUAUAACGAAUGUUUUAUCGAACGCUGUAAUAUUGCUUCCAUCUCGAGCGCGUUACCACGCAUGCUGACGUGCGUGCUUUAACACAGAUUUCUUACGAUUUUACGAACCACCGCGGAUACCUUUCCGACACGCAUCGUGCCUUUGCGAAAUUGCAUUAAGUGAUAAACUUUCAUCUUGACUGCCAGUUACAAUUUUAUAAGAAUUGUGUUGCUUUUACGUUUUGCAAUUAAUGGCUCAAACAUAUUUUUUAAAUGUGUGCGUCCAUUAUUCGUUCUGUAACAUUUUUAAUAGAAAUCAUAAAAUUAAUAUAGUUAAUAUAAUUAUAUUUCUUUAAUAUGAAUAAUUAAAUUUAUAUUUUUAAGGAUCGCGUAUUUUAUACUAUAUAUUUUACUUAUGUCCCGCAAUUUAUUUCGAAGUUAAUAGAAAAUAAAAAAAGCUAUUAUUAAAAAAAAGGCAGUCAAAAAUAUAAAAACCGAUUUCGUUUUGCAAACUCUUUCAUUCAGUCUUUUAGUCGAUUGAAAAAUCGAUUGACCGCUCAUCAGAUUUAUCUUGGAGCACGUGCGUCAAUAAGAUAGCCAUGAAUGACAAGAGCUCUUUCUUUUUUUUUCCUGCUUGAAAUCGAGUAUGCUAUUACGCACGUAUCCUGCCAUCCUACGCAAAAGGAGUCUGUCUCUGGAAAGAACAGAAAUGUCAACGAGAAUUGAACUGUAAAAUCGCGACACCCUCUGGGACAUAAAUUUAUCUCGGUGAAUAAAUUUCUUCGGUAAAAGAUCUCUUCUCGGGAGAAAAAAAAACACAUGUCGGUAAUCUGUCGUCCUCCGUUUAUCGAAGAAUACAUGUCGGAAAAGCAUGACGAACGUGGUGCCAAAAUUGUCGCAUAGCAAUAAUUAGUAGGAUUAAUAUCAGACUGACUUAUAAUAAAGUGUUCAAGCGCGGAAGUUCGUCGAAAUCUGAAAUCUCAAUGGAGACUUAAUUGUUCGACUUAUCGCGACACCAAUAACUUUGGCAAUUAAUAAUUUUCCGUUGAUUGAAAAAUUAUGCCCAUUACCAAAUGCAUGUAGGACAUUUCAAGAGUUACUGCGGAGGGAUUUAGAUAUUUCCUAACGCGCGCAUCUACAGAAAUAAAUGUGGAAAUUUGACAUAAAAAACUUGACGCUUCUUAAAAGAAAGAUAACACAUUAUUAUCUCGAAUGACUUAAACAAUUUAACGCCGCGAUUGUAUCUCUCGAUUUUCCUGAACGAUUAUUUGCGAUAAGCAACGAGUUCGUUAAGUGUAUCGUAAUUUUUCCAAAAUGUUAAUGUAAAAAUGUUAUUAAUAAUUUUUACUUGUUUACUCGGACGAAUCUCCGUUUGAAAUAAUGAUACGAAUUAAAAUUAAAUUUUAUCCCAAGACGAGAUUUCUUGUAUUUAAUGCAAGAAAUCAAAUUGUGCUUUGUAUAAUUGAGCCGCAGGAAAAAAUUGAGGCAAAUGCUUUUUACUUCAAUUUUAUUCUAAUUGUCAUUGCUUUGAAACUCGUUGACACGAUGCAUUACACAUAGAGGAUGGCAGGAACAGAUACACGCCACGUAGACACAAUUCACGUGCUAUCGCACGUACACGAAACAGUCACACAAAGUAUAUCUAAUAAGACAUCGGUUAAGAUCUGUGACAGCGAAAAAAAAUAAUAAGAUACCUACUUACUAAUUACUAUAGGCGAGAACACACAUGUGCAGAUUUAAGGAAAAAAAAUUUAUGAAGGACCUUCUGUUGCUCGAAUAUUAUUGCAUUGUCUACUAUAUAUAAAUUUUAUUGUAUAAAUUUUGUCGAAGAGAGUGGCGCGCCUCCGAGCGAGAGUCGAUGUUUCUUUUUCUCCUCGACCUCCGUGUCCCUUCUACCGGAGGAGAUCUACAUUCAGGCGAGAGAGGCUGAGGGAAGUGCGUGACGCCAUCGGGGAGUUGUUCCCCACGUAAAUAAUAACGAAUUAUAUAUUUAAGUUAUUAUAAUCGCGAUAUCAAAUGGCACCGCUUUCCGUAGACGACGGUUUUACGAUCUUACAGAGAUUUUCUGGAUUUUAGAGAAGACAAUCUUGAAUGUACAUCGUAGAUGGUCGGCGAUAAACGCGAAAUCGAUUUAUCCUUAUCCCGCGACAUGAGCGUCAUAUCUUCGAUAAAUAUGAAGUCCAGCUUUCACAGCUGUGUAAACACAAUGUAGUAAGUACGAUUGUCUCUUGUGCAUCUGGACUGCGAAUGCUUUCUUCGUGCCUAACACACGAUGGAAAGUGUCUCGUCGCCGCCUCCUUAUCGCGACCAGGUGUCUUCUAGCCGGAGUUAAUCGAGCUUAAGAUAGUGCGCCUUCCGUCUUUAUCUUUUCACUUAGGAAAUCUCGUGAAGAGUUUAAAAACAUGAUAUUAUCAAAGGUUAAAGUUUAUUUAAUCACGGCGUUAUUUCUAAAGAUACAUUUUGUACAAUCUUCAAGAAUCGUCUGUUUCACAUUUACGAUCACAGAAUCACGGGAGCUCAAUGUGCAAAUAUUGAAAUAAGAUAACGAAUUUUUUAUUCGUUAGGAAAACAAAAUUCAGGCCAUUAUAGUCCGCUAAUAUUUAAUGAAAGUUUAUUCUUCAGCCAUUCUAGCAUUCUAGUAUUGAGUACGAAUUUCCAAAAUGAUUUGCAAAGAAAGUUAAACGAGCCGCCAUCCGAUUGCUCGCGAUUCCCGACGGAUCCAGCCUCAAUGUUUACGCAUUUUCCUCGGCAUUAAGUUUCGGAGAAAACAAAAAUCGAACAGGGUCGAGACACUCUAGCUCGGAGACGUAUCCCAAUAGUUGGCCUAGUACCAAGUUUCAUAUUUUUCGCCCCCUCCCCCGGGUACGCAGUGGAUCGUCGAACGAUUGAUCGUCUAUUGUAUGAUUAUUGACAUUCUUCCAGAAAUUUUAUUGAUAGAUAUAUAUAAACUUUAUCGCUACCGUUGAACAUAGUAAUAUUUGGGGGUAUAUAUGAUUAGGGCGAUACCUUCGGUAUUUAUUGGGGACACCGAGAAUAUACUAUAUUGAAAGAGAGAGAGAAAAAAAAUAGGUGAGAAUAAGGGAAUGAGAGAGAGGUCUGAAAGAGAAAUGCAGGAUUGGUAGAAUUAUUAUAUAUAUAAAUAUAUAGAAUAUAUAAGAAAGAGAAAGAGAUGGGGACGUCAGGGGCCCAGAUGAGAGAAAGGACGGGGGCGGGUGAUAACGAAACGAAAACGAGAUAGUGUGUAACAAUGUAAUGAGUCUUUCCAAAGGAAACGAAGAAAGAAGGACGGAGAUAUAUACGGAGAUGAGUUUCCUCCUUACGUUGAACGUAAAAUAUGUUUGGGUGACGAGAACCAAGGAUAAGAUUAAAUGUUGCGGCGUAUGCGAGCGAAAAUAUAUGGUACGCGCAAGAGAGUAUAAAAAGAACCCUUUACGUUUUCUCAACUCGUUACGUGAACGGUACGUUUAGCAAUGGAAUAUAUUAUGAUUACGAUGAUUGCUAUAUUUGUUGUUAUUGUUCCUCGGUUGUAUGCGGAGACGUUUAAGAGUGAUCCAUUUGUACAAUCAUUGAGUCAUUAAAAUAUGAUUAUUCAUUAUGGAAA